AUGUUUGGUAGUAACCAAGAAAGUGGAAUAUCAGUAUCGCAGAAUUUGGUAAAUAAAGCAAGUAGGUUAAGUAGCUGUAAUAUAAACCCAAAAAGUGUGAAUAGUCAAAGUUUACUUUAUAAUUAUGUUUAUGGUAGUUCAAUCAAUAAGGAUCUUAUAGCUACAAGUAACUUACUUUUUAAUGGAAGUAAUACCAAUAAUGAUGUUUGGGUAAGUUCUACCGAAAAGGAUACAGUAAUGGAAUUUAAUAGAGCUAGAGAGGUGUGGGUAACUAUUCCAAUAGUUUUCCCAAGUGCAAGUAUUCAUAAUAUUACAAGCGUUGGAAAUAGAGAUUUUGGAGAAAGCAUUGGUGGUAGCUUGUGCUUUUCACCUGAGCAAAUAAAUGAAUCACGUUUAUUUUCCUCAAUACAAGGUUUAGCUGAUAUUGGGGCAUCUUUCUUUCAAUUAAUAUUAGCUAAAAUUCACAAUAUAAGAUGUGAGGAUGAGAUUGAAAUUAUUCAACAAGAAUUUAGAAAACUAUUUAAUUAUCAAAAUAUAAAUAAAGCUGUAAUAUCUUUGAAACCUGUUGGAUGGAGAAAACGUAACAACGUAGAAUUUCAGUUGACUAUACCACUAAUUAAUAACAAUGAAUAUGAAUGCCAGAGAACUAAAGAACAAACAUAUUUUUAUAAUGCAUUAUUGGUGGCUGAAAACAAGUCUGAAAAACAAGAGAUCCUAUAUUGUCUAAACAAUAUUUUGAAUAUAUUUAUAAACUCAAUUCAGCAGAUGGUACCAACUCUUGAAAUAUCUAAGAUAACAAAUCUAUAUGAUUUUGAUUACUUUGAGAUUACGAUUCGUUUGCAGGAUAUGCCUUCUUAUGUUGCAUCUGAAGGGGAAGAUUUAGACAGAACUGGUAUUUCAAAUCCUACUAACUGUAAUAAAUAUUCUGAAAAAACAAGCUUAAUACCUUCUAUAUGCUUUGGUGAUAUUAGACUGAUAAAUCCAUAUGAUAUACAGACAGAUUCUAGAUUUCCCUGUGGAAUGUUCAAGACAUUUGCUCUAGUGAGAAAUGAAACAGUACUUUAUUUAGCUGAUUCACUUGUUGAAACUUAUAUUCCUCUUAUAUAUAACCGUAAGCAGCAUAACAGCUUUUACCAAUUUAGUAUAGACAAUAAAAAAGAUGACAUGAAUAUCAAUUUAAUUACAAGUUAUGGUCAAUUUAUUAAUAAGACUUUAACUCCAAAAUUAACAUAUAGCCAAAGUAUAACAGAAAAUGAUACUAUAACUCCUCAUUCAAUAGAUGUGGUUUCUAGUCCUAUAAGUUGUGUACCUCUACAGCAAUCAUUUUCAUUAUCAAACAAUAAUUCAAUAUCUCAAUCUCGGAAAAAAAAAAAUUAUGUAACUCCUCCCACGACAAAGUUUCCAUCCACCAAGCCCUCAAUGACUCCAUUUACAUCUGCAUCUUUUAUUUCAUAUUCAGCUACUGAUUUAGAUUCAUCUCCAUGGAUUUCUAGUGACAACACAGUACUCUCUUCAUCAUCAGUUCCUUACUAUUCAAAUUUGGAGACACAGCAAUUGCUUCCACCUAGAAUAUCUACUCUAAAUACUUUACCAAAUGAAGAAUUCUUUAAUACAAAAUCUACAAAUAAUUCUGUUAAUUGUUGGAUAUCAAAAUAUGAAGAAUUCCAGAAUCAUCACAUUUUAAAAAUGCUUGAUGAAGAUGAAAACUGUCACCAGGAAUCUAUAUUGAGUGAAAACUUUGACUUUAUAAAUAAAAAUAAUAGAUCAUUUGUUAACAAUCAAUAUAGUUUUAAUAAUCAAUACAGAGAAAAAAAAGAUAUUAAGAAAAUUGGUAGUAUUAAUGAGGAAGUAAGUGAAGAAGAUAUUAUAGCAUUGAAGUGUUUUUCUUUAGCUGAUAAAGUAGAUGUUAAAAAUAAAUCACAAAAUAUAUUUACAGAAAUUGAACAGAAAAAUUAUGACAUAUUAUCAAAUAUACCUGUUUAUACCAAUUUACACAAAGGUGCUCACCAGGAUAACAAGUUAGCUAAGAAAAAUCUUGAAGUUUGGGGCUUGAAUUUUCUUGAUGAUUCCAAUUUAUCAAUUUCAAACUCAUCAUUAUUUGUGGAGUCAUCAAAUUACUCAGGUUUACUUUCACACGGAUAUCAUGAACGGCAAUCAAACCCUAUUUGGAUAUAA